AUGGACUUGCAACUCAAUGGCGUCCAUGUCCUCGUAACAGGUGCUAGCGGCGGCAUAGGCUUAGUGACCGCCCGCCUCUUCCUCACGGGCGAGACGCUCCUCAUCUGUCCUUUCUGCCCCAUAGAAUGCGGAGCAAAUGUGACCGCUCACUACAACAGCACGGCGGCGACCCUCGAACCUCUCCACCGCGAGUUCGGUCAUACUCGCAUUCAGACAGCCCAAGCGAACCUCAGCAGGGAGGACGACGUCCUGCGCAUGUUCAACACGCUCAAAGACAGCCCGUUCGGCCCGGUACAGGUGCUGAUCGCAAACCAUGGAUAUUACCCGCCGGCGGACGUGCCCAUCGCCGAGAUGUCGCUCACGCAGUGGGAAUCGACCUUCGCGUCCAACAUGACGUCCACCUUCCUGGUCGUCAGGGAAUACCUGAAACGACUGGCCCACGCGACGGACGAGCAGAAGGAAAAGGCGUCCAUCGUCAUCAUAGGUAGUACUGCAGGGAAAUAUGGCGAGAUCGGCCAUGCCGACUACUCCGCGACCAAAAGCGCUAUGAUGUACGGCUUCACGAUGUCGCUCAAGAAUGAAAUUGUUAAGAUCGCCCCACGUGGGCGGGUCAAUUGCAUCGCUCCGGGUUGGGUCAAAACGCCGAUGGCCGAACAUGCCCUCAAACAACCAGAGGUCAUCUAUCGUGCACUGGCGACCACGCCACUCAAGAAAGUUGCUACUCCGGAGGACGUAGCAUCCCAAGUCGUCUUCGUAGCCUCGACCGCUGUGUCUGGGCACGUCUCUGGCCAAGUCAUCAUGGUAGAGGGCGGGAUGGAGGGCAGGCUGCUGAACAAACCCGAGGAUAUCACGCAGUUCUGA